CCGGGUGCGGGAGCCGGAGCCCACUGUGCACCCUCUGUUUCCAGAGCUCUGGGUGUCUGGGUGCCUGGAGGGCUCGGGCUCUCCCCUCAGGGCCUCACCCCCCUCCCCCGGGUCCCUGCCGCCUGCAGCUUCAUCUACUCGGUGCUGGUGAUCGUCUCCGCGGCCCUCUACCUGGCAGGCGUGGAGGCGUACCUGGCCGUCAUGGUGUUCGCCCUGGUGCUGGGCUGGAUGAACGCCCUGUACUUCACGCGCGGCCUGAAGCUCACGGGCACCUACAGCAUCAUGAUCCAGAAGAUCCUCUUCAAAGACCUGUUCCGCUUCCUGCUGGUCUACCUGCUCUUCAUGAUCGGCUACGCGUCCGCCCUGGUGUCCCUGCUGAACCCGUGCGCCAGCAUGAAGGCGUGCGGCCAGGACCAGGCCAACUGCACGGCGCCCACCUACCCCUCCUGCCGCGACAGCGACACCUUCAGCACCUUCCUGCUGGACCUCUUCAAGCUGACCAUCGGCAUGGGCGACCUGGAGAUGCUGAGCAGCACGAAGUACCCCGCCGUGUUCAUCGUGCUGCUGGUCACCUACAUCAUCCUCACCUUCGUGCUGCUGCUCAACAUGCUCAUCGCCCUCAUGGGCGAGACCGUGGGCCAGGUGUCCAAGGAGAGCAAGCACAUCUGGAAGCUGCAGUGGGCCACCACCAUCCUGGACAUCGAGCGCUCCUUCCCCGUGUUCCUGAGGAAGGCCUUCCGCUCCGGCGAGAUGGUCACCGUGGGCAAGAGCUCGGACGGCACCCCCGACCGCAGGUGGUGCUUCAGGGUGGACGAGGUGAACUGGUCGCACUGGAACCAGAACUUGGGCAUCAUCAACGAGGACCCGGGCAGGAACGAGAGCUACCAGUACUACGGCUUCUCGCACACCGUGGGCCGCCUGCGCAGGGAUCGCUGGUCCUCGGUGGUGCCGCGCGUGGUGGAGCUGAACAAGAACUCGAACCCGGACGAGGUGGUGGUGCCUCUGGACACCGUGGGGAACCCCAGCUGCGACGGCCACCGGCAGGGCUACCCCCACAGGUGGAGGACUGAUGACGCCCCCCUCUAGGGGCUGCCCCAGGGCCAUGGUCCCAGCCCGCAGCCCCCUGCCCCUCCGCCACCAUUUUGAGUCCGCCUGCGUUUCAGCCACAUGCUCUGUGACCCCGAGGCGAGGGCCCGGCGGAGACACGGGGGCCCCAGGACCCUCUCCCCCGGCCCCCA